AUUAUUUAACUCAAAUUCGGAACGAAAAUAUGCAGAAAAUGUGACGCGAACAAAGCUGUGAUGAAAAAACAUAAAAAGUGUUAGGGAAAUCAGGUUUUUAAUGGCUAAAUAACGUUUUUCUCGAUGCCCAGCCAGAUUUUCUACGCUUGUGUGUGUGUGUGCGUGUGUUUAAGGGUACCAAAUUUGCAGCCCGAAAAAAAGUUGAGGAAGAAAAUUCAUUUUUUUUUACCAACUUGGCACUUGGGUGGCUGUGCAUGUGUGUGUAGUCGGCGGGCUUGCUAAAUUUACGCAAAAAACCACAACAAUAAUGUGUAAAAAUAGUUUACGAUUGCAAUUGCGUGUGCGUGUGUAUGGGCGUGCAUGUGUGUGUGCGUAGUAGGUUGAGUCAGUGUGUGUGCAAUUUUUUCCGGCAGGCAAAAAUCUCUCCAUUUGCAACACUGAAAAAUCGAUAAAACUGCAGCAAGACUUUUUCGGUGUAGAUUUCACUAGCCAAAAAUAAAAAAAUAUAAUAAAAGCUGCAAAAAUAUGUCCUAAUCGUUUCCACUUUUCUCUUUUUCUCACUCAACAGCUUUUGUAACUAAAACUCCGUUUUGACAUCACUUUCAUCAUAAUCUGAACAAAAAUAAUAAUAAUAUAAAAAUACAACAACAAAUAUGAUAUAAAAAUAAAAAAACCAUCGAAAACGAAUCAAAAAAUAAUACAUACAAAUAUAAAUCGCAAAUAAUUGAAAGUUACAGCAGAAAUACAUAAAAAAAAUCUACAACAACAUAGCUCAAAAGGAAAAACUCAAAGAAAAAACUUUUUAAGUUUUUUGGACUCUUCUUUGUUUUUGUUUCGUUUGCUUUGCAAAGAAAAACAUACAAAACAGAAAAAAAACGAGAAUUUUUACGCCGCCCGUCGGUGUGAGCGAGACAGACAGAGACAGAGAGAGGGAGAUAAAGCGACUGCGCAAAUAAAAAAAAGAAAACAAAACAACAAACAACAUAAAAAACAAGCCAAGCUUGAAACGAAGACUUUCAAAUAAAACAACAACAAAACCAACAACAAACCAAACAAAUUGAAACGCUGUGAAAUUAACUCGUCAAUACUCAAAAGCACCAACAAAUAAAUAAUAAAAAGAAAAGCCAAAACAAAAUAAAAGGCAACCCACGAAGGAGCAAGUAAAGCGGAGUUUAACAAGAAAACGGCAAAAGCACUGAAAACAAAAAAAAACAACGGGAAACAAAACUAACGUGAAAUAAAAGGCAACGGCGCUGCGGCGUUCGGACUCUCGAAUAAAGCAAAAAACAAUUCAAGUAAAACCGCAAAAAAUACACUUGGAAAAACGCUAAAUAAAUCCCAAAAUUCCUCAUUAUUUUUCCUGAAAAGCUUUAAUUUAAUUACGAAUUUUUUGUUGUUAAGUCAGAGUGAAUUCAAUUUGCUAAUUAAUUUUAAGCUACAAAAGCAGCAACAACAACAACAAACAAACAACAACCAACAAACAACUGAAUUAAUGUUUUAAAGUACAAAAUAACCGGGAGUAAAUCAACAACAAAUAAUUUAAACAUAUUAAAAACGAUUUAAUUUAAAACGCAACAUCAAUCUAAAUUAUUUAACUAAACAUAAAAAAACACUGCUAGAAUUUAAGUCUAUAACUGAUAAAGGCCCAAAAGGGCGAAAAAGAAGUGAGAGACAGAGCGAUAAACGGAGGAAGAAGCAAGGAGAGCUGAAUAAAACCGAUUAAGCAACAAUUGUGCCGCAAAAAAGUGUGAAUAAAAAAAUAUAUACUAAAAAAAUAACGGUAACAAUAAAGAAAACAUUUAAAACCAAAAAUCUACAAGAAUUCUAUAAGUUUUAAGUCACGUUUUACACAGACCUACAACAACAACACCAGCAAUUUAACUUAGCCAAUAAAUUUAAUUACAAAAAAAAAACAAUUAAUAAGUGAAAAGAAAAAAUAAACGGAUUAAGAAAAUAUAUAUAGAGAACGCAUAACAAAUUCAAAACUGCGGCCUUGUGCCAAAACAACAGUUUUUAUUUUUUCCAAUAAAGCAUUGUUUUUUACUAGUUUUCAAUUUAGUUUUUUUUAUAAGUGUACCUAGUGAGAAAUGUUAAAAGUCUAAAACAGCAAAAGCAACUGCAACAAACGGAUGUAAAACGGAGAAAAGAAAAACAAAACAAAUUCAAAGAAAGAUUUAACAACUCUGUGAUAAUUACUGUAAAUUUAUAAAUUUAAAUUAACAAAAAAGGAAAAACGCAAAGAAAAACCACAAAAAAAAUCUCUAAUGAAAUGAAAGGAAAACCCCGUAAUUUUUAACAAUAGGCGAAGAAGGAGCGAAAGAGGGAGCAGAAAGCAGAAAAACAUCUUAAACCAACAACAACUUUACACUUAAGAGCAAAUGCAAAUGAAAAGAUAAAAAACAUUGAAACAAAUUCGUGAUAUCUUAAAGGACUUCGAUACAUAUAUACUAUAGUAUAUUAUAUAUUAUAUUAUAUAAACUAUUAAACUAAGCUUAAAUCUAGUGAGCGUCAACCGAGAAAACAAAAAAAAAAAAAAACAAAACAAAGGAAUAAGUGAAUAAAUAACAAAACCAACCAACACAAAGCAAAAAUAAAAACCGUAGGUUAUGAAAAGACUUCAAAACGCAUUCAAAAUAUAUAUAUAUUUAAACAAAACAAAAUAAAUCGUAGACUUAAAGUUCAACAUAGUAAAUGAGCGAGGAUAACUUUACAUAACGGGUGUCCUAUAUCUAUUAUAUACAUAUAUAAAAACAAAAACAACAAAAAACCUUAAAACUCAUAAUUUUUGCUUAGUGAAUAGUAAAUGAAACAGCAAUAAAACAGCAACAAAAACAAAAAAGAAAAACAAAUUAUACAAAUCGUGCAACCGAAAAGUAAUAGCAACGUACAGCGAAACAAAAUAGGAAAUCGACACAGAAAGGAAGUAAGAGAGAGAGAGAGAUAGAGCGAGGAACCGGAAACGGAAGUCCCGAGAAGAGCAAGAAGGAGAUUAAAACCUCGUCCCCCAAAAAUCAUCGUUGUACUAAAGGUAUUCGAAAGUAAAUAAAAAAAAUCACUACUACUUCCUAUAAACCACAACGAUUGCCUACAAAAUAUAUAUUAUAUAUAUGUAUACUAAAUAGAAAACAAUAUAAUCAAGCAAAUCACACAAAAUAUUCAAAUAUCAAACAAAGCUAAUCUAACCCAAAAGUAAAAAGUAUUCCCAGUGUAUUUUUCUAGUAAAACUAAAGUAAAAAUAUAAAAAAAAAAACUCAACCAAAAUCAUUUCAAACAAAAUGCAAUAAUUCAAUAAUAAUUCAAAACUCGAAAAAAAUAAAAAAACAAAAAACACCAACGGCAGCAGCUGGUAUGCAUUUUCAUCGUGAAACCACAAUAUUUUGAAUACACAAAACAAGCAAAAAAAAAUAUUUAAAGAACAACAACUUUAGAAAAGGAAAAACAACCUACAACAGACCCAGGAAGGAACUUCAAACUACCAAAACAAACCAACAACGUUACAAUAUUUGUCGGCAUUUUUUACAAGAAAUAAAAACACAAAACCACAAGGAACACAAAAAACAAACAAACCAACAACAGCAAAGGAAAGCUAAGUAAAACCACAUUUUUUGCGGGGCAUGCCCUCAAAAAAAGACAAAAAUUUUUAUUAACUUCGAAGACAAGGAAUUUCAGUGCCUCUUGUGCCAGUGUUUAGCCAAAAUAUAUAUACACAAAAAACAAAACAACCAACAAAUAAAAAACAAAUACGUAUUUAUUGCUUAGUUUUUUCUCUUUGAUAUAAAACUACACAAAAAAAACUUAAAAAAAAAAAAAAACAACAUAAAAACAAAAUUCAACUAAAGUGAGAUAAACAAAUCUGUUUUCGGUCAUUCUUCGCGCUUUCUUCAACUUUAACUCUCGUUCCAAUCGUUCUCGUCAUUCGCAUCCAUUAUCGGUUGAUCGGAUAAAACCACCGACUGCCCAAUAACUCCUAUAACAUCGUAAUCGCAAUCACCAUCUGCAACAACCAGAACCAGUCUCCAAUUUGCUAGUCCUUAUCAGCAUUUCUCUUUGUUUGUUAAUAUCCAAUCAAAUCAAAUCAAAUAAAUCAAUCAAACAUGAAUACCCAAUCGAAGGUGUACCGCAUCGGCGAAGAAAUCUAUGACAACUUGCCAGGCGAUAGUUAUUUCAACAUGAAUGCCAUUCGCAACCUGGGAAUCCCAACCACGUUUCCGACCAUUGGAACCUUUACGCUUGACUCUACUACAUUGGGACUGCAGCCGCAAGGUCAGGGACCGUCGCCCCAGCAGCAGCAGCAUCAACAACAGCAGCAGCAGCAACAUCAGCAGCAGCAGAAUAUGCAUCACCAUCAACAUCAGCAGCAACAUAUGCAACAACAGCAGCAGCAGCAACAACAUCAGCAGCAACAUCAACAGCAGCAGCAACAUCAACAGCAGCAGCAGCAACAUCAACAGCAGCAGCAACAUCAGCAGCAGCAGCAACAACAGCAUCCGACUAUUGGAAUGUUUGAUGCCAACGAGGUAAACGAUGUCAUCCAGAACCCUCCCCAAAUCGGGGUGUUCCAGUCUAACAGCGUUCUGACCAACGGAGCUGGCAGUGGCUCGUCCAUUUUUGGCUCGCAGUCGAGCAAUUCAUCGGCCGCUGCUGCAGAUCCCAGCCAGACCACCCGGGAGACUGGCAUCAUUGAAAAGUUGCUGCACUCAUAUGGAUUCAUUCAGUGCUGUGAGAGGCAGGCGCGUCUCUUCUUUCAUUUCUCGCAAUUCAGCGGUAAUAUUGAUCAUUUGAAAAUCGGAGAUCCCGUGGAGUUUGAGAUGACCUAUGAUCGCCGCACCGGCAAGCCGAUAGCUAGUCAAGUAUCUAAAAUAGCCCCAGAGGUUGUUCUCUCCGAGGAGCGGGUCACCGGUACGGUGACCACCGAGCUGCGCACAGAUAGCGCCAACAAUGUGCUCAACUCCAGCGAGACCACAGGUCGCAUAAGCUAUGAGAACCGAGGCGAAUGCUUCUUUUUACCCUAUACCAAAGACGAUGUGGAAGGUAAUGUCAACUUGCGCGCUGGCGACAAGGUCAGCUUCCAAAUCGCAACGAACCAAAGAGGUAAUCUAGGCGCUUGCCAUAUUCGCCUGGAAAAUCCGGCCCAGCCGGUUAAGUAUCGUGGGGUUGUUUGCUCGAUGAAGGAAUCGUUUGGCUUUAUCGAACGUGCCGAUGUGGUGAAGGAGAUUUUCUUCCACUUCUCGGAGGCGGAGGGCAAUGUGGAGCUGCGUCCCGGUGACGAUGUCGAGUUCACCAUCCAGACGCGGAGCGGCCGUGAAUUUGCGUGCAACAUCACGCGCCUAGCUCCGGGAUCAGUGAUCUUCGAGGACGUGGACAGCACGGUGUAUAAGGGCCAGGUGCUUAAGUCGCUUGAUCGCAAUAACCCGGUGCGCCAGAACAACGAUCCCUUGCCCGGCCGCAUCCGUUAUAGGGCAUUGGAUUACUCCGAGGUGGAGGUUCCGUUCGGUGACAAGGAUCAAAAGGGUGACUUCACCCUGCGCCACGGCGAUUGGGUGCAGUUCCUUCUUGCCACGGAUCGGCGUGAUCAAUUGCAGCGGGCCACCUCGAUUGCUCUGUUGGACGAGACCUUCAAGGUAUCCGGCGAAAAGCGCGAGCAGGGCACCAUCGCCUCUCUCAAGGAGGGCUUCGGCUUCCUGCGCUGCGUGGAGCGUCAGGCCCGUUUAUUUUUCCACUUUACUGAAGUUUUAGAUACGAGCCGUGAAAUCGAUAUCAACGAUGAGGUAGAAUUCACUGUCAUUCAGGAGCCUGGAUUGGCCUAUAAUAACUCGCGUUUGCAGGCCAUACGCAUUAAACACUUGCCGCCCAACUCAGUGCAAUUUGAAACUCUAGUGGCCAGCAACAUAGAGGGAUGUGUAACUCGCGAGGCGCCCAAGAGCCCUAUUAAAUCUCAAGAUCGCGUCGAGGGCGGUGUGAUUACCUACGAGCAUGCCGAUGUUAAAAAGACUAUAAUGUAUUUUCUUAAAGACUGCGAAAAACCACCAAGGAUUGGGGAGCGCGUACGCUUCGAUAUUUACAUGGUCAAACGUAACAAGGAGUGUAUAGCCGUCAACGUACAGCAAGUAUCACUGCAUCAGCAGCAACAACAGCAGCAACAGCAGUUGCAUCUUAAUCAAUCGAAUGCUGGGGCAAAUAUCAACCAAAACGACCAGCUGGGAGGAUUGUCGAAUGGAAUCAGUAGCAGCAGCUCAAAUGCUUCGCUACAGAAUGGCUAUGUCAUGCACGGCAGCCCUGGUGGCAGCACCAGCAGCGUCGGCAGCAACAAUCCAGCUCAUCUGGAUGAGUUUAAGAUGGAGAACAACAACCAUGCCGGAUCCGAUGCCGGUCAGGUGUACCGUGGCUUCAUAGCCGUUAUGAAGGAGAAUUUUGGAUUCAUCGAGACUUUGUCCCACGACGAGGAGGUCUUCUUUCACUUUAGCAAUUAUAUGGGCAAUCCUAAUUGGUUGGAGCUGGGUCAGGAGGUGGAGUACACUCUCGCUCGGAACGGAAAUACCUCCGUUUCUGGAAACUGCCUGCCGGCGGAAAAUGUCCGUAUGCUGCCAAAGAACUCCAUUCCCCAGCCGGCUGUGCUGGAGACCACACACAAUGGCGUUGUUGCUCGUCCACUGCGCUGCAUCAAUCCCGACCAGCAGGAAUAUGCCGGUCUCAUUGAAAUCCUCGAUGAGCUACGUACCACUGUCAUUUCGCAACACGAAUUCGGGAUCACUAGUCUGGUGAAUAAGAGGGAUCUGCUCCAGAAGGGCGAUCUCGUCAGCUUCCGCAUCGAUGAGAGUGGUCGAGCAGCAAACGUAAAUGCCGUAAGGCAGAAGAAACGUGCCACUGUGGACUCCAUCAAGGGUCAGUUUGGUUUUCUCAACUUUGAGGUGGAGGACGGCAAAAAGCUGUUCUUCCACAUGUCUGAGGUGCAGGGCAGUACUGUCGCAUUACAUCCAGGCGACACCGUGGAGUUUUCCGUGGUCACCAAUCAGCGCAAUGGAAAGUCUUCGGCUUGCAAUGUUCUGAAAAUAAACGAUCGUCCGGAUCGUCUGAUCUCGCGCCUUAAGCUCAACGGCGAUGACACUGUGCCGCGCCUAAUCCUCAUUCGCGCACCCAAGGGACCGCAGGGCAAAGGCUUUUCCGUUCUAGCUCGUCAUCCACGCAUUCCAGGCAACUUGGUGGAGUAGAUGGCUGAAGAUGUUGUUUAAGCAAGCCAGGAUAUUAGAUGCACAUCAAAGACAAUUACCUACAGCUAUAUAUAUUCUUGUACGCAAGCCAUAACCGAGCAGGCUACCAAUCAACAAACUAACAGCAACGUGAACUUGUCGCCCUUACCAUAUACACAAACAUUUAUAACGAAUAUAAUCCCUAGUACCAAGCAAACACUAUUGGAAACGAUUGUAAUUCAUAAUAAUGGAUAGCAAAGGCAUACAUUUAAUAUUUACGAAACUACUUAACGGCAACUCAACCAGAGAGCUCUUCGUGUCUGAAAUCGAAACUUAUUUGUAAUAUUACCAACUAACCCCUCCACCAUUGUAACGCUUUGUUUUUAACUAGACGCAACGGUGAACCGAGUUGUGGCCAGUUUGAAAACAAAAUGAAAUUGAAAUCCAAGUGUCUGAGAGAUAAAACCAAAACGUUUGUAUACGUAUACUAUUUUCUACUAGUUUGCUUUAAUUUUAACUAAUUAAAUAACCAAUGCGAUAAGUGAGAACAAGGAAACAAGCAACAUAAUCUAUGAAGUAUUUAUUCUAGAAUGGCAACGAACUCCUUGCAUAAUUGCGUUAAAAAUUGUAUAAAUGCAACACUCUAUUAACAUUUAUCUAUGGCUGGCAUAGUUCCUGCUUCUACUGUAUCUUGAUCUACUCGUAUUCUUUGGUACUUCUCGAAAAAAUGUUCUUUCACUGCUUUCAAUCUUACUGUUAACGAUUUAUAUUUAUUGAACAAUUGUUGUACUACGACUGCAAGUUAUGUAGAACAACAGUCGCAGCAGCGGCAGCAAACAAAAAAUCAAUCAAUGGAGUGAAGCAUGAAGAAAGUAUUUAUAUCUACAAGUACAUAUAUAUUUUACAUAUUCAUUAACGUAAACAUACCUAAUAUUAAUGUUAUUAUUUCCCAUGAUUUGAUCUUCGCUUGUAUAAACACGUCAAGAUGUUUUGCCAAUUUCUUUAGUUGCAUUCAGACAGUUGCAUUAACUUAUUACAUAACAUAUUAUACAAAAACAUACAUGCUACAUCGUAAAUAUUUAUUUAAAGCAACAACAAAUCGCAUUACGAAAACUCACAAAAAAAAAAUAUCCAGGAGAGAAGAAAAUUACGAAAAGUUUUGUGUAACGAUGAAGAGCAAAUUUAAUUUGCUGCGCCAAAUCUGUUGAAACCAUUUAAUGAAGAUUAUAAAAAUAAUUUUUAAAAAAUCUAAAUAUACGAAGAAAAAAAUCUACAAAAAACAAAAAUAAACAAAAAAAAAACAAACUUUAUGAGCGUGUCGUGUGUCGGUAACAAAGAGCAAAUAUUGUGAAAAUUAUGAAUUUCAAUUACUAAAGAAACAAAAACUAAAUGUAACAACAAGGAAACACAAAAGAAAAACACAUUUAACAAGCUAACAACAAAUUUGGGAUCAGUACGUCCUAUUAUAGCCAUGUUAUAUACAUACAACUAAAAACCGAGAGAACACAAACAACCAGAACUUACACUAAGCAGCAACACUGACACUCACAGACAAGAACCAGAACAAAGAGCAUGAAAACAUAGUAACUUUAAUAUUGUAUAAGGAUUAUACAUCAGCGUACAUAUAGCGCUAUAUGCGGGAUACCAAUCCACACGGAUACAUCCUGCCGGGCGGGUGGGGUAAUCGAGGUUGACGACACGAGAUGAUCGACAGACAUGCCAAACGCCAUCGCCAUCGUAGCCCA